AUGGCGGAGGCCAGCCUGCAGUCACAGCAAUUGAAAUUUCAGGCCCUGGCUCCCACGAAACAGACGGCGUGUAACUCCACAGGCAGCAAGGCGCCGCGCAAGCAGCUGGCCACCAAGGCGGCCCGCAAGAGCGCGCCGGCCACGGGCGGCGUGAAGAAGCCCCACCGCUACCGGCCGUGCACCGUGGCGCUGCGCGAGAUCCGCCGCUACCAGAAGUCCACUGAGCUGCUGAUCCGCAAGCUGCCAUUCCAGCGGCUGGUGCGCGAGAUCGCGCAGGACUUCAAGACCGACCUGCGCUUCCAGAGCGCGGCCGUGAUGGCGCUGCAGGAGGCGUGCGAGUCCUACCUGGUGGGGCUGUUCGAGGACACCAACCUGUGCGCCAUCCACGCCAAGCGUGUCACCAUCAUGCCCAAGGACAUCCAGCUGGCGCGCCGCAUCCGCGGGGAACGUGCCUAAACUUCAAGGUCGUGUUUGACGCUAAAAGGCUCUUUUCAGGGCCUCCCACUUGCACACUAAAAAGAACUGUAGCUUUUUUAAGUCUUGUGGCUGAAGUUGUUUUGAAACUUAAAGAAGUCUGAUUUUCUGCAAUAUGCUUGAGUUGUCUAAACACCUGGUAUUUGUGGCUUAGUCCCUUUAGGUUUUAACUCAUUAAGAAAGUGCUCCAGGGCCUCCCUGGAGGCGCAGGUGGUAGAGCACUGCACUGUGAAGCUGUCCACAGCGGAUUCGAUCCCGGCCAGCCGGUGAGAAUUGCACGUGGCAAAGCAGACCUCUCCUGCCUCACCCACUGUUCCCCUCAGCAGUGUAUUUCGUCAGUCUGCCUGUUCUGUUACCUGCUCUGGUGAAUCCUCUCACUCUCCCGGCGCAUAAGGCCUGUACCCUGGUUCUUGUAUAAGUAAAUUAAAAAAAUUAGUGCUACAACUGUAUGUUGUCAACAUUUUAUAUUGCUACAUUGUUGCCGCGAGCCAGCCGCAGCAGCCUGGGUGUCAGGGGUUCCUGAAGGAUGGGACUGUGGAGGUGCAAUUGUGGAAUGAUGGGGGGAAUGAGGAGACGCAGACACUUGAUUAGGGUGCAGACAUCAUUCUGCUGAGGGUCUCAGCAGCUCUUUAUACGUUUCAAGCAAACCGUGAGAGUGCAUAAGCAUAUGCAUUAAAGCAGGAAGAUAACAAUCAUUACAUCUUUUUCAAGAACAGCCAAGGAUCUAUUUGCCCUCCUGCAGAGGUCGUGACAUUUACUAUUCUUUGUUUUAAAGAAGGCACAAUAGCUAAAAGUGUUCUUAGAGUAGUCAUUUACCUUAAACAACUAAACAGUCAUUCUAUUACUAGUAAAAAACUUAUGUGACUGAAACUGUUAGGGGGAAAAGGAUGUCCUAAAGCUAAUUCCAUACAGGCUUUGUGGACUCCACUCCCACCCCAGGCCAAAGCCAAAGACACUGGGAACUCCAAAUCCCAUCACCAUCAAAGGGAAGGUGGCUGGGACCUGAGGGUGGGGUUAAGCAGCCAGGUUGGUAUAAAGCCAGACACAUGGGCUUUGGAGGGGUUCCCCCAUUUUGGCUCUCGGCCAGCUCGCAGCGUCUGGCCAGCUCGGAGAGUGCCUUUAGGUUUCCAGGUCGGCGGAAUGGGUAGGACGCAUUAAAGACUUUAUUUCCCUAUUUUCUCCCUGAGUUGUACAUUUUCCUUAUUUCCUUUUCCCUUGUAAAUAAACCUUUUAUUAACC